AUGGCUGCACCGGGACCCCGCGCCUUGAGGGCUGUGCUCUGUGGCGGCUGCUGCUGCCUCCUGCUGUGCGCCCAGCUCGCUGUGGCUGGUAAAGGAGCUCGAGGCUUUGGGCGGGGUGCCCUGCUGCGCCUGAACAUCUGGCCAGCUGUCCAAGGGGGCUGCAGAGAGCUGGAGCUCUGUGAGCAUUGUGUGGAGGGGGACAGAGCACACAACCUGUCAGGCUGCGUGUGGGAGCAAUGCCGGCCCGAGGAGCCAGGACGCUGUGUGGCCCAAGCUGAGGUAGUCAAGGAAGGCUGCUCUGUCUACAACCACUCGGAGGCGUGUCCGGCUGCCCACCACCAACCCACCUAUAAACCGCAGACAAUUACAACAGGUAGCCCAAUGGUCCCCGAAGCCCCUAGCCCUGGCUUUGAUGGGGCCAGCUUCAUUGGGGGUGUUGUGCUGGUGCUGAGCCUGCAGACGGUGGCUUUCUUUAUGCUGCGCUUCCUCAAGACCAAGGACAGCACCUACCAGACACUGUGA